AUGACCACCACUAUUCAACGCUCGCACUCUGCACCACACUUUGGCUUGCAGCAGGGUGACAAGGACAAGGUGUUCCAUAAACAACAGCGGCCACAGACGCCCAGACGAACGAAGACUACGACGGACUUCGCGGCGAUGGCGAUGGCGCCUCGAGAGGACCCGUUCAACAUGGGCGGGUUCUUCCCGUCACACCAUCGAGAGGAGGACGAGUGGAGUUGGCUGCACGCCGAGGACGAGGAGGAGGCAGGGUACGGGGAGGGUUACGAGGAGCAGGAGGAAGUCGAAGGAGGAGAGGUCGAGGCGGGCCCGGGUGCGGUGAUUCGGAGCGAGGACAAGUUGGGGAUCCUGAGUCUGCGUGCGUUCAGUUCCGUCAGUCUGCGGUUCGAUGUGACGCUGACGGGGAAUACCGGUGCAGUGGACGCGUUGCAGGGCGAGGCAGGUGCGGAUGACCGAUUGUAUUCGCCGUACGCGGAUUCAGAGGCCUGUGACGACGAGUCUUUGCGUCUCGCCCUUUGCGCACGGCGAGUGGCGCACGAGGACCGGUGGGCGUCUAAUAGUGGGAAGGGGGGCCUGGGAGAGUUAUUCCUGGGACCAGAGAGGGUGGAAGGGGGACGGUUGUCCGAGGGCCUGCAGCUGCUCGCUGGGUUGUUCUGA